UAUCGCAUGCAUGUGGACAUAAUGUCUUGGUCUUCAGCUGCUCUGUACAACAAUCAACUCAUUGCACAUGAAUCUGUGUCUCAAUAUUUGCUCAAGGAUCUACCUUAUGUCUCCAACAAUGAGUACACUGGUGUGCCACUGCUGCUUGUGGACACCAGCUCCUGUCCAGGCUUUGAAGAGAGCAUCACAGCCAGCAGGAGCAACGAAGGCGAGGCGUCCAUGGUUCUGGCUCUCGUGCAGAAAAUGAUAUCAGCAGGACUGAGUCAGCAGCAGGUUGCUGUGAUCUCUCCUUACAGUCAACAGGUGAAGUUAGUGCGGUCACUCGUUCAAGUUGACUAUCCUGAAGUGGAGGUCCAGACUGUGGAUGGCUUCCAAGGCAGAAAAAAGGAAGCAGUAAUUUUAACACUAGUUCGCUCUAACACCAAAGGAGAGAUUGGCUUCCUGGCAGAAGAUCGUCGUCUGAACGUGGCCGCGACCCGAGCGCGGCGGCAUCUGAGUGCAAAUGUGCAAUGCGGAAAAUGUGAGGUUCAAGAGAACGGCCUGAAUGGCUACAACACUGAUCUCCACAAGUGGAAGAGCAUCAUCGCCCAGCAAAAGCCUGCCCCAGCCUCGGAAAAGAUAAUUAUAACGGAGGUAAGUAAGCUAUUUUCAUCCGAGGAUGAUGACGCUGAUGAGGAAUCAGGACCUCGGGCCGCUUCGGAACCGUCGUUGGACUGCCCUGCAGCAGCCCUAGGACCCUUAGCCUCAUCAAAGGUCAUGUCAAUGGAUGAUGACGACGAGUUCUCUGAAGGGUUCGUAACAGAGAUGUCAAGUGACGAGGAGGAUUCUUCUUGA